AGGACAUUGCAAGCUAUUUUCAAAGAGAAUAUAACAGCAAAUUUAUUUAGAAAUUCAUUGCUGUUCUAAAUGUCUCACAUUAUGCAUUCAUAAACAUGGUUUGUAGCAAGGAGUAUGAAAAGAUAUUCAUUCAUAUUGACUGUUAUUAGCAUAUAAACACUUUGAUAAUUUUGGCUGACAGUGACUACUAAUUUUUUUUUGGGUAUUUAUCGCCAACAGCAAUACCUCUGUGCGGUCAUUGAAUUUAGUUUGCUUUAAGUCAAAGGACGACGCAGUUCUUUCAACGCGCGUCCCUUCUUUUUCAUCAAGUCAAUAUGCCCAAGAUUAACGUUACCGUCAAAUGGAAUGGAAAAAAGUUUGAAAACUUAGAAUUAGACACGGAUGAAUCACCUGAACUCUUCAAGACUCAAAUCUAUUCUCAAACAGGUGUUCCUCCUGAACGUCAAAAGAUCAUGGUGAAGGGUGGUAUUUUAAAGGAUUCAACCGACUUGAACAAGUUGGGUUUAAAAGAGGGUCAUAGUUUCAUGAUGAUGGGUACUGCUGGUGAACUUCCUAAACCUCCACCAAAACCAGUUCAAUUCUUAGAAGACAUGAGUGAUGCUCAAGUUGCUGAAGCAUUGGAUAUCCCUCCUGGAUUAGAAAACUUGGGUAAUACGUGUUAUAUGAAUGCCACAUUGCAAUGUAUGCGUGCUAUGCCUGAACUUCAAACUUCAUUAGAAGCCUAUCAAGGUGGUUUAAGUGGAGUUGAUAAUCGUGGUAAUUUAGUAGCCAGUCUUCGUGAUCUCUAUGCCAAUUUAAACAAAGUGGCUGAUGGAUUUCCUCCUUUGGUCUUUUGGCAGAUGUUGCGUCAAUCCUUUCCUCAAUUCUCUCAAACAGGUCAAGGUGGUAUUCCAAUGCAACAAGAUGCUGAAGAAUGUUGGAGUGAACUUGUAUCUGUCUUGAAAGCCAAAUUGCCUAAAGAUGAAGCUGAAAAAAACUUUGUGGAUCGUUACAUGACAGGUGAAUUACAGACAGAAACUCAAUGUGAAGAAGCACCUGAAGAACAAAAGAUUGUCACACACGAUACAUUCACCAAGCUCAGUUGUCAUAUCUCUAUCAACAUUAAUUAUAUGAUCAAUGGUAUUCUGGAAUCCUUGAAUGAAGAACUAGAAAAGAACUCGCCUACACUCAACCGCACGGCCAAAUAUAAGCGUACAUCGCGUGUCAGUCGUCUGCCUCAGUACUUGCCUGUUCAGUUUGUUCGGUUCUUUUGGAAGCCUCAAGAACAAGUGAAGGCCAAGAUUUUACGUAAAGUCAAAUUCCCUCUUGAGUUUGAUGCUACUGAACUCUGUACACCUGAACUCCAGAACAAGUUCUCUAAGGCUAAAUUGAAAUUAAAAGACGUGGCUGAUAAGAAAGUAGCUAAAGAAAGAGAAGAAAAGCGUCGUAAGAUGAACAACAGUGAAGAACCCACACCUAUGGAAACAGACACGACAGAAAUAGUGGAUUGGAAAGAGUAUUUGGAUCCUGAACUGGUGCAAGAUGUAGGCUGUAAUCCUACAGGCCAAUAUGAAUUAGCUGCUGUCUUGACACACGUCGGUCGAUCUGCUGAUUCAGGCCAUUACAUUGCUUGGGUCAAGAAAGCAGCCAAUGAAUGGCACAAGUUUGAUGAUGAUAAAGUAUCUGUGCUUCAAGAUGCUGAUAUUGAACGUCUUGAUGGUGGUGGUGAUUGGCACACUGCUUAUAUUGUGUUGUACAGAGCUAAACAACUUUCUUAA